GGGCUUGUCUGAAGGAGACCAAUGAUCUCAACUUCCUCAAACCUCCAAAGAGCAGCAGGUUGUCUGCUCUGAACCAUGCUGCACCACUCCUCUGCCAGCAGCCCGACGCAGGAGACAUAAAGGGGAUUUCUAGAUGAGGAGGCCCUCAAACUGGCAACUUCAACCGGAACAAAUUACAGCCGAAACCGAUGCCAAUUCCUGCUGUGACUCUUACCCGGCGUAUGUGCGGAUGUCACCAUGGCAACCGGGCUUCAGGGUGAACACGGAUGGCCGAGGUUUGGCUCCAGGGACCGCCUGAUUGCUAUGUUCAGUUCCUGCUCCAGAGAUCCAACCAAGGCGAUCGAAAAAAGACUGAGAGACUUGCUGCACACGUUUCUGCAACACUUCAGGGACAAUGCCGGAAAUGAGAACCGCAACGAUUUGGCAGAAACGUGCUGUUGUGAAGCCGGGGUCUGGUAUUACAGGAUCCUGGAGAACGUCAUUAGCCAAGAGAGGAACAGGAACAGAAUCGGUGACAUCACGCAGGUCAUCUGCCAGAACGAGCAUCUCCAGUGCUGUCUGGCGGCCUGUUGUCUGGAGAUUACCACAUCCUCAAACUGCCUGCCGUGUGACUUCCCUCUGCUCCUUCAGAUACUGAAACUGACACCAUACGACUUCCUGAUGACGAUUGAGGUGGUCUUGCGGGCUGAGCCGGACCUGCCUGGUGCUGCGUUCAGACACCUCGCUCAGGUGGAAGAGAAAAUUCUGGAGUGCUCGGCCUGGACCAGCGACUCACCACUGUGGGGAAAAAUCCAAGCAAACGAGAGCGCUCUGCCUGCCUGCCAACAGGCGUUGCUUCCUACGCAACUUGAAGAUCCCAGGAGAACCGACUUUCAUCCUGACAGAAACCACCCAGGAGGAGCUGAGCCGUCAGUCAGCACGGAGCCACAACGUUCCCCAUCAGCCGUAGACGGGCCUCACAGAAGCAACUUCCUCCAUUUGUUUGCUCGCAAGGUUUACAGCUUGAUGGGCCAGCGUCUCAGGAAGCUGUGUUCCCUACUGUACAUUUCGGAUGAGCUGCGGGUGAAGAUCUGGACCGUUUUCGAGCGAUCUCUGAUCCACUGGGCGGACCUCAUGAUGGACCGUCACCUGGACCAGUUUCUCAUGUGUGCCAUCUACAUCACAGCUAAGGUCACCAAAAUGGAAAUAACCUUCAAACGCAUAAUGAGGUGCUACAAGUCUCAGCCACUUGUCAACAGAAGGGUCUGCAAUAAUGUGCUGAUUUCAGGAAGAGACGGAGAAGUUCAUCUCACUGGCACAAACGAUCAAGUUGACAACGGUGUCGGUAUGCCGACACCCGACUCCCCAUCAACACAUCAUCCAGGAGCUUUUCAAGAAGAGAGGGGAAAUCUUAUUGACUUUUACAACCAAAUCUACUGGACAAGGAUGGAGCACUUUGCCAAACAGUUCGCGCCAACAUCUGGAGAGGACACGCCUCCUUUGUCCCCUUUCCCCCGACAGCGGCAGGCAUCUCCUCGCCGGCGGCGUCUGUCCAACAACCCCCAGAUCUACGUCUCACUGCUCAACACGGACACCACUUCCCCCAUCACACCCGGCCUCAGCUACUUCAUCAACUCAAGCCCCCCAGAGUGUCUGCGUGAGAUCAACAACAUGUUGAGGACGGGCCGCUCACCCAGCACCAGCAGGCGGUGCUUCAGGGAGGAGGAGGAGGAGGAGGAAGAUGAAGAUGGUCCUUCGGUGAAGAGGCCCCGUUUGGAUGGCCAGUCAGCCUGGCAGAGGCGACUAAGGAAUGUGGUAAAUGAUCGCGUGACAACAAAAGACCGGGACCCGGACCGGGACUAGGACCCGGACCGGGACCAGCCAUCUCCAGUCACAAGGCCCGUCUUGCACUAGAGCAGAGGCGAGCAUGCAGGCGUUUGUCAAUCCUCAUCAGUGUGCAUUGCCGGAUGAAUUCUGUGGCUCGAUUCUGAUGGUACGAAGGGAUCGGUGCACGGCACUUUAAAGAAGAUUGUCAUUCUCCUGUUUUUAUUCAAUAAGCUUUUUUUAAACACAUUUCAAUGCUAGAAAUAAGCUGUAUUGAGAUUGUUGAAAACAUGCUGAAAUGUUUUUUUAGUGCAGAGGCUUUCAUCAGUACAUGAAUUGUGGAGACCGCUUUUAGAAAACUAAUACCAUGAAUAAUAAUAAUACUUUGAUUAACCACAUGAUUGCAACAUUAAUAUUAUGGAUGCAUUAAUAGCACAGCACAUUUUCUAAAAACCUGCCCCCACUCAGAAAACAGUUUAACUUAUUGCGAUAUCAAUCAAAAAUGUAGCCUUCGCUGUGGAGAAUGAUAUUUGUAACCCAAAUUAAACUGCAAGCGUUCAGGAUUUUGUGACAGCUGAACUAGUUUGUCAGCCAAUCGUAUUUCACCUUACUAUUUACCAGCACAAGUAUGAUGAGGAAACCUCCAAUAGAACGCAUUUAAGUAUUAGACAUCUGCCAAGCUGUCAAACAAAUAAAGCUAUAGAAGUUCAAAUGA